CACGGAGGACUCUAUCAACUCCCAUAAAGCAGCAAAGAGUUGGAGGCUGACAGCGAUAAAAUUUCUUAAAGAGAAAACAAAACUCAGUAGUUUUUAGAAUUUGCACGCGGCAAAGAUGGAUCAGAUGAACUCAACUGAAGCAGGUGUUUCAGGUGUGAUUGAACACAAAGCUUAUGCUCGUGUUGGAUUGCUAGGGAACCCAAGUGAUGUUUACUUCGGAAAAACCAUCUCUUUUUCCCUUGGAAACUUCUGGUCUUCGGUUAAAUUGGAGCCUUCUCGUCAUCUUGUUAUCCAACCUCAUCCAACUCAUGAUCUUGUUCAGUUUAACUCCCUGGAUCACCUUGUAAAUCGGGUGCAAAGUGAAGGUUAUUAUGGAGGCGUACGACUGCUUAUGGCAAUUUGUAAAGUUUUCCAUAAGCAUUGUAAGGAUAACAACAUAAAUCUGCAACAGGGGAACUUUACCCUAUCGUAUGAUACUAAUAUCCCUCGCCAGACAGGACUUUCAGGAUCCAGUGCUAUUGUAUGUGCUGCCCUAAGCUGCCUUCUUGAUUUUUACAAGGUCAGGCAUUUGAUUAAAGUAGAAGUUAGACCCAAGCUUAUCCUUAGUGCAGAACAAGAACUUGGAAUUGUUGCUGGCCUUCAAGAUAGAGUGGCACAGGUCUAUGGAGGCCUUGUCCACAUGGAUUUUAGCAAGGAAAACAUGGAUAAGUUGGGACAUGGCAUCUACACACCCAUGGAUAUUAGUCUUCUACCACCUCUCCAUCUCAUUUAUGCUGAGAAUCCGAGUGAUUCUGGGAAGGUACAUAGCACUGUGCGACAGAGGUGGCUUAAUGGUGAUGAGUUUAUCAUAACAUCAAUGGCAGAAGUUGCAAACAUAGCAGCAGAAGGGUGGACUGUAAUUCUUGAAAAGAACUAUCAAAAGCUUGCAGAACUCAUGAACCGUAAUUUUGACCUCCGAAGGCGCAUGUUCGGUGACGAGUGCCUAGGUGCUUUAAACAUAGAAAUGGUGGAGGUGGCUCGGAGAGUUGGUGCUGCUUCGAAAUUUACGGGCAGUGGAGGAGCUGUGGUUGCAUUCUGCCCUGAUGGAGCUUCACAAGUGAAACUUCUCGAAGAUGCAUGUCAUAAAGCUGGAUUUACUAUCCAACCAAUUCAACUUGUUCCUUCAUGUCUAAAUGAUGUUGAUCUCAAAACCCUGUCAAACUAGGUGAUUUUAAUACCCUUUAGAAAUGAAAAUGCAAGAAACUUGUUAUGGCUACUUCAAUAAUAUCUACAAAACAGAGAGAGUAUCAUUUAAUUUAUAAAAUAAAACUAGAUUUAGCAAUUCGUGUUAUAUAAAAUAUUGAUAAUUUAUGUAUUUGAACGAUAUUUUACACAAGAAUUAAAUGUCACAAUUUGUCUUAA